UUACAAUCAAGACUGUCCGUUUUGUUCAAUUUUGUCGGCAUUCCUUUGUUUUUUUUUAUUAUUAAUCGACCACAUUGUGAAACAUGGCAUCUCGGGGACGUGGGAUGUCCUUGAAGGACUGGGAUCCAAUGAGAGACGAUUUCAACGAUUCUACAUACGACGCUCAGUAUGCAGAUGACAAUAUUGAUUCCGGUGUGCAACUAGACCAUAACAGGCUAUACGUAUCCAACAUACCGCAAACACUGAGCGAGGAAGGUCUCAAGAUGGUGUUCAUUAAAUACGGUACUAUUGUCAAACUGUUCAUGUCGAAGGACCCUAAGAAGAGAUACGCUAUGAUCACAUAUGAAUCUCCUAGUGAAGCGAAGUUAGCAAUGAUGAAACUUAACAAGUCGGAACCACUUAAACUCAAUGUUUCUAUUUCUCAUAAGAAAAAGAACCAUGAUUACGACGAGAAGGAAAGGAGUAACCCACGUUCGAACACAACAUGGAAUCGUGCGUACAAAGACGAGUCUAGCAGCGUCAGCAGCAAAGGGAAUUAUCAGAAGCAGGAAACCACAUCUGAAUAUGACGAUGAGAGUAUCUCUGAGGGCAUAGAUUCGGAACUACAUCUCGAGUUGGAACAGCUAAAGCUGGAACACCUGCGGCUUCAAGAGGAGCAGUUGCAGUGCAAGCAGAGGAUUCUGCUGCUUAAUAGAGUGGGGAAGACACCUAACAAUUUGAUGUCCAAUAGAAUUGUAACGGCUGAUGGAAAAAUAGUCAUCAAAACAACCAGUGAUCGGUCGGUAGAUCUUCCAGCGGAUGCGACGCUGUCUGGAGCUGGGGACUCUAAGGACGCGUGUUCGUGUGAAGCAAAGACGUGGAUAGAUCGCGAUUCCGAAGAUAGUUCGACACCUUCCACUUGCGUUCAAUAUUCUGGCGACAGAAGUAUAAUGGACAAAGUUACAGAUUUGACAAUUUUCGAUAAGUCGGACUUUAUUAGCGAUAAAAUAGUUAAAGCGGUAGAUUUCAUUCACAAAACACGGCCAAAAAGUAGAUGUACGAUUAGUAGAAAGUCGGACGUCAGUAGGUUUACAGGGAGCAAGUCGGAUGUGACCAGUAAAAGGUGUAAAGUGGCUAAGAAAAGUGAGAUUUCGUGCGAUUUCAAAUGUGAUUGUGAUGAAAGUGAAGACGAAGAUGAAACAAAUAGAUUGAUACAGUUGCGCAAUGCUGAUUAUAUGGAUAUAGUUGAGGAAAACUUGAAAAUUGUGAUCGCUCUAGCUGGGUACCCUAAAUCGAAGAUGAGGUUGAGGCAAAUGGAGAUUUUCCAAAGAUCGAUAAAUGAUAUUAUGGAUAUGCAACUCAAAGCUGGUCUAAUGAAGAAAUCUCCGUCAUUUAUAGAUUAUUAUCUGAAUAGAGGGGCCAUUGUGUGUAUAUGUAAGGACGCGGAAACGAGAGACUGGAUGGUUAGGAUCUCCCCUGGCUUGCAAGAACGCAUGUCUAACAAUCUACUGCUGCUAAAAGCUAAAGUAAGAAGAUUGUGUAUCGGGGUCACAAAAAUCCCACAAACAUGCUGGCCUACGAGCGCACAAGAUGCCUUCAAAUUACUGCAAUAUUUUAAUCCGUCACUAAACACGUAUCUAUGGAAAAUAUACGCGCAGAAAAUUAUAAAUAACGUCGAGUGUUCGUCGUUCUUGAUAGACAGGAUAUCUGGGGAAAUUAUACGCGGACCGUCGUUUAAGAACAUUAUAGAUUAUUCGCAAAUGGAAUUUGAAAUUACGGGGUACACGGAGAUAUAUUAUGAUUGCUUUUUAUCUGAUAUGGCAGAGGACGUGCACAGUGUUGCGUCUAGAGUUAAACUACUGGAGGAAAUACGGUCAAAUGAAAAUACACCGAGGAUAGAAAGUACAAAGAAGGAAGACAAAAUUUGUGAGACGGAUAAAAAAAUUGAAAACACUGAAGCUGUGAACGAAAAUGUGGUUGAUAACGAAAGAGUAGAUUCUGCUAUUGAAAUGGAAGAAGAAGAUGCUGUUAUAAUCAGUGAUUCGAAAGAUUUCGUACCACUAGAAGAACAGAAAGAAGGAAAAGACAAUAAUAAAGAUGAUACACAAAUUACACCUUGGGCCACAGAACACAAUAGUGCUGAAGAAAUUAAAUCUGACGUAAAAGCUAUAGAAAGCGUAGAACAAUAUGAACCGUCGACGUCCACUGUAGCUAUAUCCGAUAAAACAGAGUCGUUGUUCGAAAGUAGUGAUAAUUUGAUCAUAAGUAGGAAUAGUAAUUAUAAUAUAGAUAGUAAUCGAGGUAUCGCGUAUCAUAGACGUACGAAUUACUUGCACGUAGAGAACGAACUUAAAAUUGCGAUAACUCUAGAGGGAUAUCCACAAGAUAAGCUAGAGGGUAAUCAUAUCAGACGUCUCAAGCAUUUGUUCAAAGAAUACCUUCACAAAGAUAUGAAAGUUCAUCGUUUUGAUAAUAUGAUAAUACCGAAGUUCCAAGAUGUAUAUCUGUCUAACGGAGCUGUGAUUUAUGUAUGUGAUAGUUUAGAAACUAAGGAUUAUUUGAUAGAAGUUUUGCCAAAAUUUAUUAAUUCCACCGGUCUAAAAUUAACGUUUAGAGAAGUACAGAAGUUAGUAAGGUAUACGAGAUUGGUUAUGCGUCUGCCAAAAGAAUUGGCUCACUUAGAAUCAGCUAAAAUCCUGCUUAAAUUGAAAACUAGAUAUCCAAAACUUAAACCAGACUGUUGGAAAUACUAUUCCGAUAUAGCGGGCAAGCAAAAGAGACAAUUUGGUGUCGAUCCAGAAUCUUUAGAGGUCAUAAAGAGUCCUGAUUUUGAUCCUACGUACGAAGGACAAACGUUAGCUUUCAGAAUAAUUGACAGACAGAAACGUGAUGUUAGUUUUGAAGAACCAACAAAAGAUUCUAAAGUUAAUGCUGAGGAUUUGGAAAGUAUUAAAAUAAAAGAAAAUAUCAUAAAGAAUAUGUACUCUCCACUUGAUCCGGAUAUUUCUAAUGCUCCCCUAACUCGUAUAAGAGCAAAUCACUAUGCAGAUUUUGUUCCCGAUGAUCUUAAACUAUAUGUUGGUCCGUCUAACUAUCCAGAAACACGUAUAGAUGAUGUAUUAUUUCAAACUAUUAAGAGAAGCAUUGAAAAUGUGUACGUCGAGAUAAAUGACGAACCAGCUGAUUUUCCAAUAAUUCACGAUAUGUACCUAUUUGAUGGUGUUAUUUUUAUAAUCUGUAAAAACAUGUCUUCUAGACUGUGGAUAGAAAAUUCCUUACCCAUAGUAAAUGAAAGAGUAAAAAUUAACUUAAAAGCGACGGAAUUCCGUGGUGCGGUAGGCAUUGUAAGCAUGUUUCUAAACAGUGGAAAGAAUCCUGAUGACGUCAUAGCCAUUUUGCAAACGCAAAACUCCAGGUUACGUACUAAGUACUGGCGCAAGAUUAACGUCGAAAGAUCGCAGAAUAAACUAGAAGUAGUUCUACAAAUUGAUAAACUGUCCGCUCAAGUUAUUUUGGGUAGAAACUUUAAUGGCAAUAUCGAUAAUAAUGAAGUCACAUUCAAAUUGGGGCAUUUGAAAUCGCUAAUUAAUAGAAAACUCUGUCUUGAUACAGCUAAAACACCAAGUGACAAAACACUUGUAAACACGAAAAGCAAGCCUGUUUGUAAACCGAAAAAUACAGAUUCAGAAACUUAUAAGAUUUUACAAAAACCAAAAUUGAAAAGAGAUAAAAAUAGUCAAACAGAUGCAAGGAAAAGUCCAGUAAAGAAUACUACAGAAGACAAAGAUGAAACUGAUAAAGAAUAUGAAGAUGCAGCAAUGAAGACGCGUGACACGGAGAUAUUUUAUUCUACACAUGUAGAGUUCAAAUCGGAUUCAGAUAAAUCUGCCUAUACUUUACCAAUAACGAGUAAACACAGUUAUUGUAAAAUAACACUAAAAAUUCCAACAUCAAUACUGCCAGAUACAAAAGAAGCGUUAGACAUGAUUUUCGAUCUUUUACAAGACAAAAAUCCAGGUUUAAAUACAGAAUUGUGGAAAGUGAACACUCCCUUUAAUAAUAAAGGUGUAUUUGAUGUUCUAAUUGAUAAGCAGUCUGCGUCUGUUAUUCGGAAUAAAGAUUUUGAUCCAAGUUUGGGUGGAGAGAAAUUGAGAUUUAUUUUCUGAUGGUCUUUUGACGAAGUAAUUAAUAAAAUUCUCGUGUCGCAGUUAAACUCCUAUUAAACGGUUUGACCAAUUCUCUUGAAAUUUGGUCAUAUUGGAUAGAUCUGAGAAUCGGAUAUCUAAUAUUCAUACCCCUAAGUGAUAAGAGAAAGGCAGAACAAACGGCAAACGCCGGGACAGCUAGUUUUUUUGGAAAAAGUCGUUUGGAAUAGUCUCGUUUUGAGUAUUAUAUACAUUUUAAAUAGCAUGAUGUAGCUAUUCGUUAACAUACUUUAGUUUCCUAUCUUGUAGUUAAGUCUUUCUCUAGUUUAGUACUGUCAUUUCAUUUUUCCAUUCCCAGAUUUACUAUUUUUGG